AGCGCGCAGCCGUCGAGGACCCCGACUACUACGUGCAGGAGAUCUGGAACCGGGAGCCUUAUUACGCACGCCCGGAGCCCGAGCCCAAGCCCGAGCCCUUCUCGCCGCCGCUGCCCCCGGGGCCCGGGAAGGAGGAGCGGGAACCGCGCCCGCCCGAGCCCAGGCCGCCCAAGAAGGCGGCCAAGCCCAAAAAAAGCUCCCAAGAAGAAGUUGGCUCCGGAGACGCCUCUCCCAGGUAAAAAUAGCAACAGAAAAGGCAUGAGAACCAAGAGCUCUGAGAAGGCUGCCAGUGAUGAUCACAGUGUCCCGGUGGCCCGUGAUGUGGUCAGAGAGGGUUGCCCACCCCUUGGUCUGGAAACCUUAAAAAUCACAGACUUCCAGCUCCAUGCGUCCACUUCGAAGCGCUACGGCCUGGGGGCGCACCGAGGGAGGCUGAACAUCCAGGCAGGUAUUAAUGAAAAUGAUUUUUACGACGGGGCCUGGUGCGCAGGGAGGAAUGACCUCCGUCAGUGGAUUGAAGUGGACGCCAGACGUCUGACCAGAUUCACUGGUGUCAUCACUCAAGGGAGGAACUCACUCUGGCUGAGUGACUGGGUGACCUCCUAUAAGGUCAUGGUGAGCAAUGACAGUCAUACGUGGGUCACUGUUAAGAACGGAUCCGGAGACAUGAUAUUUGAAGGAAACAGUGAAAAGGAGAUCCCUGUCCUCAACGAGCUGCCCGUCCCCAUGGUGGCGCGCUACAUUCGCAUAAACCCGCAGUCCUGGUUCGACAACGGGAGCAUCUGCAUGAGGAUGGAGAUCCUCGGCUGCCCGCUGCCGGAUCCAAAUAACUAUUAUCACCGACGGAACGAAAUGACCACCACCGACGACCUGGAUUUUAAGCAUCACAGCUAUAAGGAAAUGCGUCAGUUGAUGAAGGUGGUGAAUGAAAUGUGCCCCAACAUCACCAGGAUUUACAACAUCGGCAAGAGCCACCAGGGCCUGAAGUUGUACGCCGUGGAGAUCUCCGACCACCCUGGGGAGCAUGAAGUCGGUGAGCCCGAGUUCCACUACAUCGCGGGGGCCCACGGCAACGAGGUGCUGGGCCGGGAGCUGAUGCUUCUGCUGAUGCAGUUCCUGUGCCAGGAGUACCUGGCGGGGAACGAGCGCAUCGUCCACCUGGUGGAGGAGACCCGCAUCCACAUCCUCCCCUCCCUCAACCCCGACGGCUACGAGAAGGCCUACGAGGGGGGCUCGGAGCUGGGAGGCUGGUCCCUGGGACGCUGGACCCACGAUGGAAUUGACAUCAACAACAACUUUCCAGACUUAAACACGCUGCUCUGGGAGGCCGAGGACCGGCAGGGCAUCCCCAGGAAAGUUCCCAAUCACUAUAUUGCAAUCCCUGAGUGGUUUCUGUCUGAAAAUGCCACGGUGGCGGUGGAGACCCGGGCCGUCAUAGCCUGGAUGGAAAAAAUCCCCUUUGUGCUGGGCGGCAACCUGCAGGGGGGCGAGCUGGUGGUGGCCUACCCCUAUGACAUGGUGCGGUCACUGUGGAAGACGCAGGAGCGCAGCCCCACGCCCGACGACCACGUGUUCCGCUGGCUGGCCUACUCGUACGCCUCCACCCACCGCCUCAUGACGGACGCCAGGAGGAGGGUGUGCCACACGGAAGACUUCCAGAAAGAGGAUGGGACUGUCAACGGGGCUUCCUGGCACACUGUGGCCGGAAGUCUCAACGAUUUCAGCUACCUUCACACAAACUGCUUCGAGCUGUCCAUCUACGUGGGAUGUGAUAAAUACCCGCACGAGAGCCAGCUGCCCGAGGAGUGGGAGAAUAACCGGGAGUCCUUAAUCGUGUUCAUGGAGCAGGUUCACCGCGGCAUUAAAGGCUUGGUGAGGGAUUUGCACGGAAAAGGAAUUCCAAAUGCCAUUAUCUCGGUAGAAGGCAUUAACCAUGACAUCCGAACAGCCAAUGACGGGGAUUACUGGCGCCUCCUGAACCCCGGAGAGUAUGUGGUCACAGCCAAGGCAGAAGGUUUCACUUCAUCCACCAAGAACUGCAUGGUCGGCUAUGACAUGGGGGCCACGAGGUGCGACUUCACACUCAGCAAAACCAAUAUGGCCAGGAUCAGAGAGAUCAUGGAGAAGUUCCGGAAGCAGCCCGUCAGCUUGCCAGCCAGGCGGCUGAAGCUGCGGGGGCGGAAGAGACGACAGCGCGGGUGACUUCCCAACUCUUGAGUCGUGUCCUGGACCCCUGCAAAUUAAACCACCCUGGUUGUAGCUCCGUAGAGGACUCACUCCUUGUUGUUUUCUCUGUAAUUCAAGAAGGCCUGGGGGAAUGUGUGCAUUGCAAGGCUGGUCCUGAGGGGAGGCUUAGGAUAUUUUCUUUGUUCCCAUUUACCCAAAUAACUUGGACGCAGCAGCAGAGGAGGGCUGGUGAGGGUGAGAGAAUUCAGCAAGUCAGCUUGGGAGUCGAGAGAGAGAGGAGCUUGCCAGUUGAGGUGUCCUGGCUGCACAAGGGAAACUGAUGCUUCUCCUGUUUGCGUGACAGCAAGAGUUGCCUAUUCAUUUGCAAUUUGCACGGCUACAAUGGCAGCAGCGUUCCCAGGGCUCUGCUGUCCCAAAUGUGACCAUUUGAGAUGCCCGUGGGCAUUCUAAGAGAAUCUACCCUCUCUGGCCCCGGGACAUUCCAAGCUGCUGCAAAUAAAUCCUGCACUCUGUUGACAAUAGAGACAUUACCAAGUGAGCAUCAGUCAGCCUCUCGAAUCAGCUUAGUUUCCCUUUCAACAAAGGAUCAUGCUCAUAAAAGGAGAGAAAGGCUGAAAUAAUUCAAGGGUGAGAGUGGGCAGCAAGCGGGCACUGGGGCUUGUGGCAUGCAUGCUGGGUCCACGGAGAACCCCCCAAACUCCCUGCUGCUACAGUAGCUCUAGGGGUCCCCUGGACGGGGAGAGCAGGAGAUGCAAGCCUUCUUAAGGAACCAGAUCAGUUAGCCCGGCUCUCCUCUUUGACCUGAGAGGACUUGGAAAGAGCUGGAAGGAGGCUGGAACAAUACAUUCCUCCUUUCCUGGAAACGAGCACCCCUAAGCUGGCCUGACAUCACUCUGGGAGUUAUUUUUGGUGUGUGAGAUGCCAGACCCUCUAGAUUCGGCUCCAUUUGAUGAAAAGCUCUUAGAAUUAUCUGCGAGCAUCAGUGUGGGAGGGGUUAUUGCAUCGCCGAGCAAGAAAACAGUUUGUCUCACUUUUUAUUCGUGUUGCUGCCUCACUGACCUGGGAAGACUAGAAAAAUAAAGAAAGCAAACUGUAAGAGCCUUGUAGUGUGUGGUUUUCCUGGGUAGACUUGCAGCCACCCCAACGCCACGCCCACCGCCUCUCUCUGCCAUCAGUCGCCCUAGAGAAGGCACCUGCUUGGGGAGGAGCAUCCUGCCUCCCCGUCAGGCUCCGCAGUGGUGCUGACAGCUGCUCGUUCCCGGCCUCCUUCCCUGGAAAAGCGUGUGCUGGGGUGAAAUCGUCCCGACACCUGGGACCCGCCAGUAACUCCUGCGGAUGCCAGUGAGCAUCUUCCCAGGAAAGAGCCUCGUGCCACUUUUCGGCACUCUACGCUAGAGAUCGGCCAACUUUUCUUAUAAAGGGUCAGAUAAGAGAUAUUUUAGGGUUUUCAGGCUAUAAAGUCUCUGUCGUAAGUACUCAGCUCUGCUGCUGUAGCCCCAAAGCAGACAUUACACGUUAACGAAUGGACGUGGCUGUGUGCCAGUAACACUUUAUUUGUAAAAACACAUGGCAGCUGGAUUUGUCCCCCUGCCCCAGGCUGGGGCGUCAUUAGCUGACCCCUGCUAUAUACUGGUGCUACCCAACAGAACUUUCUGCAGUGAGGAAUGUUUCUUCAGGGUGAAAUCAGUCCAGAACCUCUGUUUCCAGCAGGGAAGCCUCCAUCUGUUUAUCCGUAUACUCCCACUCAAGGCCCCGGUGGCCACUGCAGCAUUACUCUUUUUGAUGCCACCUGAGUUUUCUGUUAAAAGACAGUUCGGAAGCUGCUCAAAUCAGGAUCCUUUGGUGAGCACAGCUCAGCUUCUAUGACUUUAAUGGGAAACCCCAAGAUUGGUUCAGUCUUUGUAUAACAAAGGCAUUAAGAACAGCUUUAAAACUGCAUGUGUUUGUAACGUAUAAAUCAUGAUGUGGUAUGAAUGAUGUUGUGUCUAUGUGGUAUUGUGGGUGGCUGGGCCAGGGAAGUAUCCCAGGUUUGCAGAUUCAGAAUUGGCGCUGGUGGUCACCACCCUGCCAGGAGCAGCUCAAAUUUCCAUGCCACUUCGUGUUGGUGUCCCCAUACCCAGUGCGGGAGUCACAGUGGUUGGGGUCACUGCCACCGACAAAGCUGCAUCCAACAGGACUGGCCAGAAAGCUGCCAGAGACAGGCCCCCCACAGCCUGAUUCUGCGGCUGAGCUCUGGGUACCAGACAACCUCUCUUGAGGCCAUGGACUUCCUCUGCCAGUCUAUCUCCUGCUGCAUAAACACAGCUCCAAGUUCCCAGCCAAGGCACAAGGAGUCCAGGCAAAAUUAGAAAAAAAGAAAUCAGAGCUGCAGCCCAUGGGAAAGUCUUCCAGUGCCUUCUGGUAUGUACAGAGGGGAGUGACAGGUCUUUAGAGCUGAGGGGCACCUCAAGAUCAAUGAGUCCAAGGACGGAAACCAGGUUUCUGUUUGCAGGCCAAUUCUGAUGUAUUGGUAGUGGUUGCUUGGAGCUCUGUGUUAAGAAGGAUUCUGAGGCAGAGUCCUGGGUCAAUGGGAAAUGAUGUCACAAUUGAUUAGCUAUGUCUGCUGUGCAUAUGGGAAGGGGUGACAGCAGUGAUGCGUCAAGCUUCCAUCCUCGAGCUAGUCCAAUCCCCUGGGUUUAGAGAUUGAAAAACUGACGCCCAGGGAGGUGCACUAAGUAUCCAAAGUUGUUCAGUUCAUGGUAGAGGCAGGACUCUCAGGGCAAUGCUCUUUUUCCUCUGCCCUCCUGGAACACUGUCAAUAGUUCCUGGAGCAGCCCUGCAGUCUUGCCCUGACUCUGUUGGGAGCAGAUCCUGCCCCCAGGCACUGAUGGAAGUAUUGGGAGCCAAGGGUACAUUUCAGAAAUCGGAGGAAAAAAGAUGGGGGGAAUCUCUUAGUAAGGAACUUAGUAAGAAACGUAAGAUAGAAUGUGUCACAAAGCCCCAAAGAAGCUCUUGGGCUUGAUUCUGGAUGCUUUUUUUGCCGUCAAAGCUCUUUGUCCUCUUCAGAUAACCUAACAGCUGGGUGCUGCCCAGGCAGGGGAUUCUUUGGGUCAAGAAGAAGAGGGAAACCUUUCAACCCCAUGGAGAAAGUUCCCCUGGCACCCACAGGCCUGCAGAGGAGGGAAAGAGCCCACUGGUCUCUGCAUCUCCUGGAGGGGGUGUGGCGCAGUGGGAUGGAGAGGGAAGGGAUGGAGCUUUGGGGAGAGGGGCUUAAGUUUGAUCCCACUACUCUUACUGUCUGAGUGAUGCUGAACAAGGUGCCUCAUCGCUCUGAGAUUUCCCAUCUCUAAAAUGGGUUUAGUAAUCCCUGCCUCUUAGAGUUGUUGUGGAGAUUCGAUCAAUGUUAAUGUAUUUAAAAUGCUUAGAAUCUUUAGCAUCAAAAAGAUCUAGUAACAAAAGUGGACUAUGCUUAGAGAAAAGUGCAACCACUUUAGAAAACAAUCUGGUAGUUUCUCAAAAUGUUAAACCUGGAGUUACCAUAUGAUCCAGCAGCUCUUCUCCUGGGUAAACACUCAAGAGAAAUGAAAACAUGUCAGCACGAAACUUGUGUGGGAAUGUUCACAGCAGCAUUAUUCAGAGCAGCCAAAAGGUGGAGACCAUCCAAAGGGUCCAUCAACUGCUAAAUGAGUAAAUGACAUGUGAUCUAUCCAUACAAUGGAAUAUUAUUCAGCCAUAAAAAGGAAUGAAAUCCUGAUACAUGCUACAGCCUGGAUGAACUUGGAAAAUAUGAUGCUAAGUGAAAAAAGUUGGUCGCAAAAGACCACAUAUUGUAGGCCUCCUGUUUAUAUGAACUGUCUGGAAUAGGCAAAUCCACAGAAUGGUGGGUGAUCCACAGCAACAGAAAGUGUAUGAGUGGUUGCUGGGGGGCUGGGGAGAUGGGGUGGAGGUGAUGGCUAAGGGGUAUGGAGUUUCAUCUGGUGGGUAAUGAAAAUGUUCUAAAAUUGACUGGGGUGAUGGCUGAACAUCUCUGAUAAAAUAUUGCACUAUACACUUGCAAUGAGUGAAUUGCAUGGUGUAGAUUAUACCUCAAUAAAGCGUUAAAAAAA